AAAUAUUAUAAUAUUAUUAAUAUAAAUUAUGCGCACAAAUUAUAAAUUAAUUUAAAAUUAAAAGUAAAUAAUAAUCAGUUAUUAUAAUAUAUUUACUUUAUAAAUAUUUAUAUUCGUGCAUGGGCACGGAAAAAUUACCUAGUUAUUUUAUAGUUUUAAUGAUAUUUUCUAGAUAAAAAAGUAAUUUUUUUAAUAUGUGUGUUUUUUUUAAAACAUUUUAUAGUUAGUAGCAGAUUGAGUAUUAAUUAAGAACUUUUCCUCUUUCUCUUUCCUAAAUUUAUUAUUUAUUAUUAUUUUUUAAAUGUUAAGAACUCCUUUUGGUGCUGCUGUUGCUGUUGUUGGAGGUGGUCUAAGAUGCUAAUCUACUUCCGACUUCUGAGUAGUCCAUGUGAUAGAAGAAGUAGGUGGAUCAUGAGAUUGCGCGGCGUAUGUAAUGCUACAGUAAAAGAUUAUUAUCGUUAAAAGAAACAACUUGGCGAUCUAUUUCCCCACCGGAACUAUGGUGUCGCACUAUUUCUCCAUCAAACUAUUGUCUCGUUUCAUUUCCCCACCAAACGAAAGUUAAAUAUCUAUAUACCCACCAUAUCAAAGUUAAAUAUCUCUUUUCCCACCCGACCAAUUUCAAUGGUUAAAUGUCGAAACCCCAGUACCAAACCAUCAAACCUCCGUUAGUAAACCGAAGGAAAACCCAAAUAUUGUUAAACCGGACCUAUAUCUCGGUGAUAACCCGACACAACGGUCAAAAAUCCCAAAUCUAAAAAAUCCCAAAUUGAUAAGAACCCUAGAAAAAACUGUAUAAUGUGAAUCUCAGAGUUCUUCUUCUUCUUUUCUUAUUGUCGAGUGCUUUUUGCUUUUUGUUCUUAAUCUCUUCUCACUUUGUGUUAAUUUUCAGAUCUAAAGCCAUGAGUAACGUGUCUGGAGCUUCUAGUGGUUCGUCAAGUGGACGUUCUGGAGGCAGAGUGUUUGGUGUGCCGAGAAUUUGUCAUUGUGGGGUUCAAAUAAUGGAAUUGGUUUCUAAAUCCAGCAACAAUCCGUACCGGCGUUACUAUCGUUGCGGAUAUGCUGUAUCUAAGAAGCUCUCGAAUGACAAUCACACUUUCAAGUGGGUCGAUGAGGCUUAUUUAGAUGAGAUAGAGGCAUUAAAAAUGAAAAAUGCUUCACUUGCGGCAAAACUGGAGACAGUUACAAUGGAGAGGAAUGAGUUUGAGAGAAUAGUGUUUGAGAAUGUGCAAAUGAAGCUUGAAAAGGAGAUUUUCGAGAGAGUUGAAGAGGCUUUGGUUGAAUCAUCUUCUACGAUGAAGAAAAUGAUGGUUGUUGUAGUUGUUUUGUGUAUGGUCAUGGUUGGGUUUAGUAAGCUCUUUGGUUGAAAAGGUUUAUAUAGGAAUGACCUUUGUUUUAGUAAUCUUAUGUUUUGUGUGUUUGAUCAUUGUGGUUUGUGUACAAGCUUCUAGUUGCAGUAACAAAGAUAAUAUGAAGUGCAAAACAAAGAUAGAUAAAUGUCAUUACAUUACAUGGAUCCAAGACCAUUAAGUUCAAAACCAAAGAUAUAUGUCAUUACAUAGCUGUCGAAAAUUAAGUUCAAAACAAAAGAUAAUAGAUGCCAUUACAUACUUGAGUGAGAGUUCCUUGUGAGGAUUCACCUGCAGUUUGAGAUGUGCUUACCGGUACCGAAUCAUCAUGCUUGCCCUGCUUUGUAUGCCACCUCGAGUUGUGAUUAGCCUUACCACAAAUGGCACAAUGCAUAGUCCUUUUCUUGGCUUUUGGUAGCUUCUUGGUUGGUGACUCAUUCACACCUCUUUUCCUUGUCUUAUCCGCUUUGGUGAGCUUCUUCUUCUUCUUCCCUGUUUCUUUCCCUCGUUCUCCCUCUGUUUCUUCCCCUUGUUCAUCC